AUGGGCAUACCAAAUCGCGAAUUCCAGGGUUACAACCAGGGGAACUCAUCCGGAUUCCACCAAGGGGGAGCAGGAUUCAAUCACGGACCACCGGGAUUCAAUCAAGGAAGAAACUUCACGCAAGGUUCAGGGUGGAGGAAUCAGGGAAACCAGUACAAGGAGCAAAGGAAUCAACAACCAGACCAACCGCCAUACCAGCAUCCCAGCCAGGGCCCCAAUCAGCAAGAAAAGCCCACCAAUAUAGAAGAACUGUGGUUGCAAUUCAUCCAGAAAACACGAUCCCAUCAAAAGAGCACGGAUGCAGCCAUUCAAAAUCUGGAAGUUCAAAUGGGCCAAUUGGCACAAGACAAAGCCGAACGACCCACUAGAACUUUCGGGGCUAACACGGAGAAGAACCCAAAGGAAGAAUGCAAGGCCGUGUUGACUCGAGGGCAAAAGAAAGCACAGGAGGAAGGUAAGGUUGAACAAGAAGACCGGUCAGAGGAAGACAGGACAGAGACACCAGAAGAAAGGAUAGAAGAAGAAGAGAAGGUGGCAUCACCACCUACAACUAAAAGCCAGAAAGCGCGGGAAGCCAGGAAAGAAGAACCACCAGCCCUACCACAAGAUCUCCCAUAUCCUGUGGUACCCACCAAGAAGAACAAGGAACUCUAUUUCAAGCGUUUCUUGGAAAUAUUCAAAGGGCUGGAGAUCACUAUGCCAUUCGGGGAAGCCUUACAGCAGAUGCCCCUAUACUCUAUAUUUAUGAAGGACAUCCUCACCAAGAAGGUGAAAUACAUUGACAAUGAGAACAUUGUGGUAGGGGGUAACUGCAGCGCUAUAAUACAGAGGAAGCUACCCAAGAAAUUUAAGGACCCCGGAAGUGUUACCAUCCCGUGCACCAUAGGAAAAGAGACAGUGAACAAGGUCUUCAUUGACUUAGGAGCAAGUAUCAAUCUGAUGCCCUUGUCAAUGUGUAAAAGAAUUGGGAAUCUGAAGAUAGAUCCUACCAAGAUGACGCUUCAGCUAGCAGACCGCUCGAUUAAAGGCCGUACAGGGUGGUAG